GUCAUUCAGGUGAGCGUGAGAGAAGCCAUAGUGUCAUGUAGUAGAUCUACAAAUUAGUUGGUUUUGACUGUAUGACUUAAUAUCAUGUCAGUUUUCUUUUUUCCUAAUACUGGUCUGACAAUAUAAUUUGUUAGACACCUCUUGAUGGCAAAGCAGUUUGACCGAUGCCUUGAUCGUUUGGAUGCGAUCAAAAGGUUGCUGAAGAGAGCCCAUAUAUAUCUUUUUUUUUCUUUUUUGGUCAAUUGAUUGCCGCAAUCGUCUAAAUGGAGAUAGAAAAUAUGGUGGCAAACAAUGCUCUGUUGAAGGCUAGAGAAGGCAGCAAUGGUAAACGAAAAGGAAGAAGCAGAAAAUGGAAAGAGCUUCUGCGCUUCCCCCACAUCAGCGAGUGCAGCGACCUGGCCAACAGCAUCGAACGGGACUACUUCAGCCUCUGUGAUGUGCAGCCCAUUGGGAAGACCCUCUUCCGUAUGCACUGUCAGAGUGACCCAGAGCUGGAUAGAUGCAUGUGUCUGCUUGAUGCAAUGGACAACUAUGAGCAAACGCCUGACGAGGAACGGAUCAGCCGAGGCAAGCGCAUCAUCGAUCAAUACUUGAAUAAACAGUCUCCUGAUUGUGUACAACAUGUUGUGGACAGCCACAGACAGCAAUGCAAAGAGAACCUCGAGAGAAGUCCCUACACAGACGUGUUCAGCGACUGCAGAAGGGCCAUCCAUGACUACUUAAUGGAAGAACCCUUCUCAGAAUACAUGAACAGCAUUUACUUUGACCGUUUCCUUCAGUGGAAGGUGGUGGAGAGGAAACCAAUCGCAAAAGACUUAUUCAGAGAGUACCGCGUUUUGGGGAAAGGAGGGUUUGGGGAGGUGUGUGCUGUUCAGUCUCGAGCAACAGGGAGUAUGUACGCAUGCAAGAAGCUGGAGAAGAAGAGAAUGAAGAAGCGCCAUGGAGAAUCCUUGGCCCUCAAUGAGAAGGAGAUCCUGGAGAUGGUCAACAGCCGAUUUGUGGUGAGUUUAGCCUACGCUUACGAAACGAAAGACGCACUCUGCCUGGUGCUAACGCUCCUGAGCGGUGGAGACCUGAAGUUCCACAUCUACAACAUGGGCCUUCCUGGCCUCAGCAGUGAGAGGGUGAAGUUCUACGCUGCUCAGGUCUACUGUGGGUUGGAGCAUCUCCAUCAGAAGUCCAUUGUUUACAGGGAUCUAAAGCCUGAGAAUAUUCUUUUGGAUGACGAUGGACACAUCCGGAUAUCAGACCUGGGUCUCGCUGUCACACUAACCAAGAAUGGCCAAGCUCAUGGCAGAGUGGGGACAGUUGGCUACAUGGCACCUGAGGUGAUAAAGAACAAAGGUUAUGACUUUAGCGCUGACUGGUGGGGCUUGGGGUGCCUCAUCUACGAGAUGACCGAAGGAUCCUCUCCUUUCCGCAGCCACAAGGAACGUGUGGAGAGGAAGGAGAUGGACAACAGGGUUCUGGAGACACAGGAGCGUUACGGGUUCAGAUUCUCUCCAGACACCAAAAGCAUCUGCUCAAAGCUCUUGGCCAAAAAUCCUUCCCAGCGGCUGGGGUGUCAGUUAGAAAGGGGUGCAGAGGUGAAAGAUCACCCUUUCUUCAAGGAUGUCAACUUCAGGCUGCUGGAGGCUGGAAUGCUGAAGCCUCCAUUUGAACCCGAUCCAAGAGCUGUGUAUUGUCAGGAUGUGCUCGACAUAGAGCAGUUCUCAGCAACACGAGGAGUGAGCCUGGAUGUGACAGACGAGGACUUUUAUGCCAAAUUCAACACCGGGGCAUGCCCUAUCCCGUGGCAAAAUGAGAUGAUCGAGUCCGAGUGUUUUCAGGAGCUGAAUGAUUUCGGCCAAAAUGGGCAAAAACCUGCAGACUUGGACUGGAGACAGGCCCCUGAGCCUAAACACACACAGCCCUUACAGAGACGGAGAAGGCACCUGCUGCACCGGAUCUUCAGGAGACACAAUUCUAUCGAAUCUGAAGAGAAACGGAGAGGACAUUCACCAACCAGCCAAAGUUCAGACGACCUGAUUAAGACGGCCUUUUAGAUGUGCACAGUAUGUUACAUGAAUGUUUCACACUGCGAGAGGGAAAUGUGCUUUUUUAUGUAUGUAUGUUUGUUUGUUUGUUUGUCUUUUGUUUUGUUUUAUAUACAGCAAUUUUUGUAUAUUUAUACUGUUCCUUCUGUCCAUCAAUCUUGUUUGAUGAUUUGGAAAUGACAAAUUCCAUUAAAUGUUUUUAAGACAA